CUACAGCCACCAGCGCUUGUCUCGCCCCGGGGCCAGGUGGGGAGCUGGGAGCACCAGAUCCUGCGGAUGAAGUACCCGGUGUGGUCGCGCUACGGCAAGUUCCUGCAGCCGGUGGACGACGACCAGCACCUCAUGGUGGCGACGCUGGAGGAACGGCCCUUCGUCAUCGUGGAGAACGUCGACCCGGCCACCGGCACCUGCAUCCGCGACUCCGUGCCCUGCCGCAAGCAGCUCAACCGCACCGACAGGCAUCCAGGAGGGACACAGGCAUCUGAGGGAGACAAAGGCAUCCGAGUGACGCGGGUGCCCGCAGAGCCCUACAGCCCGGCUGUCUGGGUGAUGAUGUUCGUCAUGUGCCUCACGGUUGUGGCCGUCACCGUCUUCAUCUUUGAGUACUUCAGCCCCGUGGGCUACAACCGGAGCCUGGCCGCCGGCAAGCGCGCGGGCGGCUCCAAGUUCACCAUCGGCAAGUCCAUCUGGCUGCUCUGGGCCCUGGUGUUCAACAACUCGGUGCCGGUGGAGAACCCCAAGGGCACCACCAGCAAGAUCAUGGUGCUGGUCUGGGCCUUCUUCGCCGUCAUCUUCCUCGCCAGCUACACCGCCAACCUGGCCGCCUUCAUGAUCCAGGAGGAGUACGUGGACACCGUGUCGGGGCUCAGCGACCGCAAGCCAUACAGGCUCUGUGUAUAUGCAUACCCUCAUACACUAUAUGAGUGGGUGUACCACCAUACAACCUAUGCGUUUGUACAACCAUACAACCCGUAA